UACCCGCGGCGGCGAGCGUGCGCGCAUUGCAGGCCACUAUAGCAGGACUCUUUUGGGUUUUCUUUCUCUUUGGGGCACGUUUGGACUCACUCCCCAGCAUGAAGGCGCUGAGCCCGGUGCGCGGCUGCUACGAGGCGGUGUGCUGCCUGUCAGAACGCAGUCUGGCCAUCGCCCGGGGCCGAGGGAAGGGCCCCGCAGCUGAGGAGCCGCUGAGCUUGCUGGACGACAUGAACCACUGCUACUCCCGCUUGCGGGAACUGGUACCCGGAGUCCCGAGAGGCACUCAGCUUAGCCAGGUGGAAAUCCUCCAGCGCGUCAUCGACUACAUUCUCGACCUGCAGGUGGUCCUGGCUGAGCCAGCCCCUGGACCCCCUGACGGCCCCCACCUCCCCAUCCAGACAACCGAGCUCUCUCCGGAACUUGUCAUCUCCAACGACAAAAGGAGCUUUUGCCACUGACCUGGCCGUGUCCUGACACCUCCAGGUGAGUGUCCUCUCUCUUGGAGAGGGAGGUUUAAACGGCAAGUCCUGGAGUUGGCAGACGUUUUGAAAGAUUGCGACUCCCUCGGUUUAGGGAAACAGGCCAGAGAGGGACGAGUGACUUGCCCAUGGUUGCAUCAAAUGAAUGGCAGAGUCAGUUUCCCUGUGAUGUGCAUUUCAGCCUUAAAUGCGCGUGGCCCCUGCCCUCCCGCAGUGGCCGAGGGUCUGGGAGAGUAGACACGGGUCCGACUAAAUACAAGUCUUUCUGUUCCAUGUUGUAUAGGGAGCUGUGUCUUCGGCAGCCCCCUCCCAGCUACUGUCAGUUCCAAGUGGGAGGGGUAGCGCAAGCUCCGCCUGUGGUCUUUGGCGCCAACUGGGUGGGGGCAGCGUGGGGCGCGGAGUUAUCAGCUGGAGGUAGAGACCAAGUUUCCUCCCUGGCGCCGGCCAGUCUGCGGACGGCCCCCGCCUCGGCGCGCUCGGCGGAAACUGACUGCUCCUUGGUCUUGUUUCCUCCCCCGCCCAGAACGCAGGUGCUGGCGCCCGUUCUGCCUGGGACCCCGGGAACCUCUCCUGCCGGAAGCCGGACGGCAGGGAUGGGCCCCAACUUCGCCCUGCCCACUUGACUUCACCAAACCCCUUCCUGGAGGCUGAACCUGGUGCUCAGGAGCGAAGGACUGUGAACUUGUGGCCGGAAGAGCCAGAGCUAGCUCUGGCCACCAGCUGGGCGACGUCACCCUGCCCCCACCCCACCCUCAAGUUCUAAGGUCUUUUCAGAGCGUGGAGGUGUGGAAGGAGUGGCUGCUCUCCAAACUAUAGCAAGGCGGCGGCAGAGCUGGUCUUCUGGUCUUCUUGGAGAAAGGUUCUGUUGCCCUGAUUUAUGAACUCUAUAAUAGAGUAUAUAGGUUUUGUACCUUUUUUACAGGAAGGUGACUUUCUGUAACAAUGCGAUGUAUAUUAAACUUUUUAUAAAAGUUAACAUUUUGCAUAAUAAACAAUUUUUAAACACUUGUGUA